AAAUAGUAUCAAGAAUAUGCAUAUCCCUGCUUCAGGUCCUGAGCUACAGGCAGUUAGAUUUGGGUAUGUCAUUUUAGGCGAAAAUUUAAAAAAGUGUCGGAUCCUGUAAGCAGACAGGAACUGACCAUUUAUUUUAACGUAUUCAUCAUCUUUGUUUUAGCCUAGCGCGAUUGAUUGAGACCUGCAAAGUUUUGUGGGAUGUACUCAAAAGCCAAUGAUUAAAUAACCAUCUAUAUCUUAAAUCGAUUUUUAUGCGCACUCAGAAAAGUUGUUACAUUAUGAUGAACUUUGUGAAAUAUGUUUUGAUAACAUUUGGUCCAUCUGAGAAUGUGAACACAUUGAGAAUGUGAACACACAGAAUGUGUUCUUUUGUUCAACAAAACAUAUCCUUCAUUUUUAUUAUAUUGCAGAGUAUUAUGACAUAAAAAUGUAGCAGAGUGCCUGACUAUUCAGCUAAUGAUCUACUAGUGAUGGAUGAUGACUGGAUUGGGAGGAAGGUUUGGAUAAAGAAUGUAGGGAUGAUAAGGGACCAGAUAGGGAGAUAAACAGGACAUGCAAGGUUUUGCCAUGUGACAAGCAGAUCCCUAGGUGAGCAUUCCCUGUGGAAUGCUAGGUAAGUUUCCUGCUCUACAUCAUACAUAAUCCACAUGAAGCACAAACCAAAGGCAGGGGAAUACUGUGCACUUAAACCAGAAAUCCUAAUGAAGUAGGAUGUGGAGCUAUGCUGUGUGAGGCCUACUCUGACCACUGGGGUGGUCACCACACAGGGUUCCACUGUCCCCGCCUCUCUGACCCCCCUGACCUGUCCUUCUGUUGCUGGCUGGGAGAGGGUCUGGGGCUCAAACAGUGCUGCCCACGUUCCCAGUACCACAAUAGCAUGAACAGCAGUCAGACAGGGACCAGAGUGAACUCCAAAGAACCUGUUUACAGCUACAGGUCCCUGUUCCAGACUGUGGUUCUGCUCUAUGGGUCCUUGGUACUGGUCCUGAUGCUUGUGGACUUCCUAUGGUUCUGUCGUGCGCGGGGUCUUUCAGUAACGGCAGCUCUUACGAGGCAUGUCACGUGUCCCCGUUGGAUCUCUAGCCUCCUCUUCCCGUACAGCAACAAGACACAGCAGCAGCUCUACUGCUACCAUGGCAAUGGGAGGGACUCACAAGUCCUAGGUGAGCACAAGAUCCCUCAAGACUCCUCUUGUCUCUAAGGUAACAGAGGACACCGACAACAGUGAGGCAAUUUGGCUGACCCAUUAAAGACUGAGAGUGUCCUAGGGGAGAAAUGUCCAUGCCAAGUUCUACAUUUGAGCAUUUGAAUCCCUUGAUGACCAUCAAUUUAAAACAACAAAAAACUGGAUAACAUACAUACACUAUGGCAUAACAGGGUGUUUUCAUGCAUAUGGAUCACACCAGAGUAUAUAGGGAUAAUGAGUGAUCAUAAGAUAUCUUAUGGUUUUGCUUGUAUAUUUCCAAUGUGUAUAGUUUUAAUAGGUACAUUUAUUCCCAUCAGCACCAGAUUUAUUAGGAUAUACAGUGGAUCAGUAAACUACUUUGUCUCUAUACUGAGCAAGAGGGCUCAUACCUAAUGCCCUGCAUUGGGUGUCUACUUCAGGUAAAUGUAUGGAACAUUAGAUGAUACUGUAUGAUAUCUAUGGUCUGUCUUUUGUCAUCCUUAGCAUAAUGAAAUACAAUGCUUUAUACUAAAUAAAAGUUAACAUUGCAGCUCUAAUAAAAUCAAUACUUGGUGAA